GUAAAUGCCCCAGACAUGAGCCAGCCCAGGCCCCGCUACGUGGUAGACAGAGCCGCAUACUCUCUCACCCUCUUCGACGAUGAGUUUGAGAAGAAGGACCGGACGUACCCACUGGGAGAGAAACUUCAAAACACCUUCAGAUGUUCCUCAGCCAAGAUCAAAACCGUGGUGUUUGGGCUGUUCCCUGUGCUCUCCUGGCUUCCCAAGUACAAGAUCAAAGACUACCUGGUCCCCGACCUGCUGGGAGGCCUCAGUGGUGGAUGCAUCCAGGUCCCACAAGGCAUGGCAUUUGCUCUGCUGGCCAACCUUCCUGCAGUCAACGGCCUCUACUCCUCCUUCUUCCCCCUCCUGACCUACUUCUUCCUGGGGGGCGUACACCAGAUGGUGCCAGGUACCUUUGCCGUUAUCAGCAUCCUGGUGGGUAACAUCUGUCUGCAGCUGGCCCCAGAAUCGAAAUUCCGGGUCUUCAACAACGCCACCAAUGAGAGCUAUGUGGACACAGCGGCCAUGGAGGCCGAGAGGCUGCACGUGUCGGCGACACUAGCCUGCCUGACUGCCAUCAUCCAGAUGGGCCUGGGCUUCGUACAGUUUGGCUUCGUGGCCAUCUACCUCUCCGAGUCCUUCAUCCGGGGCUUCAUGACAGCCGCUGGCCUGCAGAUCCUGAUCUCGGUGCUCAAGUACAUCUUUGGACUGACCAUCCCCUCCUACGCAGGCCCAGGGUCCAUCGUCUUUACCUUCAUUGACAUUUGCAAAAACCUCCCCCACACCAACAUUGCCUCGCUCAUCUUCGCCCUCAUCAGCGGUGCCUUCCUGAUGCUGGUGAAGGAACUCAAUGCUCGCUACAUGCACAAGAUCCGCUUCCCCAUCCCUACAGAGAUGAUCGUGGUGGUGGUGGCAACAGCUAUCUCCGGGAGCUAUAAGAUGCCCAAAAAGUAUCACAUGCAGAUUGUGGGAGAGAUCCAACACGGGUUCCCCACUCCCGUGUCGCCUGUGGUUUCUCAGUGGAAGGAUAUGAUUGGCACAGCCUUCUCUCUGGCCAUCGUGGGCUACGUCAUCAACCUGGCUAUGGGCCGGACCCUGGCCAGCAAGCACGGCUAUGAUGUGGAUUCCAACCAGGAGAUGAUCGCCCUGGGCUGCAGCAACUUCUUUGGCUCCUUCUUUAAAAUCCAUGUCAUUUGCUGUGCUCUUUCCGUCACUCUGGCUGUGGAUGGAGCUGGAGGAAAAUCCCAGGUGGCGAGCCUGUGCGUGUCUCUGGUGGUGAUGAUCACUAUGCUGGUCCUGGGGUCCUAUCUGUACGCCCUCCCCAAGUCUGUGCUAGGAGCCCUGAUAGCUGUCAACCUCAAGAACUCCCUCAAGCAACUUGCCGACCCCUACUACUUGUGGAGGAAGAGCAAGCUGGACUGUUGUAUCUGGGUGGUGAGCUUCCUCUCCUCCUUCUUCCUGAGCCUGCCAUACGGUGUGGCAGUGGGUGUCGCCUUCUCCAUCCUGGUUGUGGUCUUCCAGACCCAGUUUCGGAACGGCUACACUUUGGCCCAGGUCGUGGACACUGACAUUUAUGUGAAUCCCAAGACCUACAACAGGGCCCAGGAAAUCAAGGGGAUCAAGAUAGUCACUUACUGCUCCCCUCUCUACUUCGCCAACUCUGAGAUCUUCAGGCAAAAGGUCAUUGCCAAGACAGGUGUGGACCCCCAGAAAGUGUUGCUUGCUAAGCAAAAAUACCUCAAGAGGCAAGAGAAGGGGAGAAGGAUGCCCACACAACAGAGGAAGUCUCUAUUCAUGAAAACUAAGACUGUCUCCCUGCAGGAGCUCCAGCAGGACUUUGAGAACGCCUUCCCAACCGACCCCAACAACAACCAGACGCCUGCUAACGGCGCCAGUGUGUCCUACAUCACCUUCAGCCCUGACAGUUCCCCAGCUGCCCAUUGUGAGCCACCGGCCUCUGCUGAGAUCCCCGUUGAACCCAGUGACGUGCUGGCCGGCGUCCCACCCUUUGUCACCUUCCACACCCUCAUCCUCGACAUGAGUGGGGUCAGCUUUGUGGACUUGAUGGGCAUCAAAGCCCUGGCCAAGCUGAGUUCCACCUAUGGGAAGAUCGGUGUGAAGGUCUUCUUGGUGAACAUUCAUGCCCAGGUGUACAACGACAUCAGCCAUGGAGGUGUCUUUGAAGAUGGGUGUCUAGCACGCAACCACGUCUUUCCCAGCAUACACGAUGCAGUCCUCUUUGCCCAGGCCAAUGCCAGAGAAGUGGCCCCAGGACGUGACUUUCGAGGGGCUCCAGUGGACCCUGAGCUCUCUUUGUACGAUUCGGAGGAGGAGAGCUCCAGCUACUGGGACUUAGAGCAGGAGAUGUUCGGGAGCAUGUUCCAUGCAGAAACCCUGACCGCCCUGUGA